CAAACCAGGGUCCCCGACUGGAACCUGUGCAAAGGAGGCUCACUCCACCUCAGCCGGCUCUGGGUCCCUGCGUGUGCGUCUGUCAAAGACUCCUGCUGCUCCUGGGUCAGGGCGACUUCUCUGAAGCCAGUUUCCUCUGCCCUGGCCAGACCUGGUGCACACCCACACGAACACACACACACACCUGUCUCCUAGGCCCACCCUGUUCUCUCCCACACCUCCCUCCCUCCCUGACCUCUAACUAUCCGGAAGUCUCUCUCUGGGACCCACAGGAAAGGCCCUCCAGCAAGCCCAUUCCAGCUCAAGCCAGCCUUCUCACCAAGCAGCACGAGAAGGGUGGGGUGGGCAGGAAGGCAGCUGGCAACCAGCCCCAUUUGGCUGGCUGCCCCACACCUUGCCACCCACACCUCUGAGGGUCAUUUGUUCCGGUUGCAAGAGCUCACUCAUUGUCCUAGUUUAUGCUCCCCUCCCAACGUUCAGGCCAGCCGUAGGGGGUGCAGAAUCAAGACCAGGAGAGCCAAAAUGCUGGAAGGGGGCUGCAAACACCUUCCUCCCAAAACAGCCUGGCCAGGAAAAGCGCCAGCCUCUCGUGAUCCUUGCCAUCCCAUCAGGCUAGCCACUGAAAUGGGUAGGCAGUCUCUGGGGAGGGGACAGACAACAGGAGGGGUGGGGGGGGGUGGGCUGCUUGCUGCAGGUCAAGAGAACUCUUCUAAAUUGGGCAUGAUUUCUAAACUCUGAGUGGGUUCCGGGAUGAUUUAUGGCCCGUGGAUCUCUGCCUGGGGAGUCCCCGGGGCCCCUCUCCUCCUGCCAGCACUCCAGAAGUGGCGCCAAGGGCCAGAAGAGCUGCAAUGUGAUGGGCAGUGGAUGAAGCUGAGUUGGGGAGGACAGCCUGCCCUCUGGGGCUUGUUCUGGGGGGGGGGAGAAGAGGGCACCGGAGGCCCCAGGCCCAAUGACUCAGACUGCCCUGAGAGGAGGGUGACUAAGCAGCUGCGUUUAGCUACAAGCUGCCCCCAGACAGUUUCUGCAGACAGGCUGCACGAUCCAUCUUCUACACGGAGGCCCAUGCCAGGCAGGCUCUCGGAGCUGCCAGGGAAAUAAGCCUCACCCCUGGAGCAAUGGGAACCCCUUUUCAGGAUUGGGGUGGAGGGGUUUAGAGGGUUCCAGGGCUCUGCCCUCCUCUUUUGGGAUGCUUGCUGGCUAGGGGUUUCCAUGCCAGGCUCCCCCCUUCCUUGUAGAAGGCCAAUCCAGCUGCCAAUCAGGGGAAAAAGAUCCAGUCGUGGGUGGAAUGCCGUUCGCCAGCCGCCCCCUCCCGCCUCUCUCUGUCUAGGCUCGUGCCUAUGGGACGCUUUCCAGAGGCAUUGGCCGUGUCCUGCAGAAGACUCUAAAUUUAGACUCUUUGACAAGACCCCUGGAAGGCAGCUGAGCGGCUCUGAGGCUUUUAAAGGUUCCGCAGCUGCCCCCGGGUGGCUCUGUCGGGCGAGACUUCCGGAGGAGACAGCUCCUCCGAGCAUCGAUCCACUUGGAAUAGCCACCCUCUUGGGGCUCGCGCUGCUUCGGCACCCUCGACCCAUCUUCUUGGCAGGACACGACCAGGCAGGCGGCUGCCCCAUGGAGAAGAAGGCCCACGGACUAUUUGACAGUACGUUGGGGUGCUUCCUAAGGCCCCAUCCGGAUCCCCGAAGCUUCUCAGGCCGUGCUGGCGGGAUGGGAAACAUCAAAACCUUGGGGGAUACAUACCAGUUUGCCGUGGAUGUCAGUGACUUCUCCCCCGAAGACAUUAUCAUUACCACAUCCAAAAACCAGAUUGAAGUGAGGGCUGAGAAGCUAGCAGCUGAUGGGACCAUCGUCAACACAUUCACCCACAAAUGCCAGCUCCCUGAAGAUGUGGACCCCACAUCGCUCACUUCCACCCUGGGGGCAGACGGCUGCCUGACCAUCAAGGCACGGAGAGGUCCAGCCAAGCCAUCUGAGCAAGUGCAGCAAACCUUCAGGACUGAAAUUAAAAUCUGAGCUCCCGGAGCAGUUCGGGAGAGCGGGCAGGGAGCCAGGCUGGGCUGGGUGGGGGGUGGAAAGCAGAUCUGUCCUUGUGUUCCCCGUCAAUAAGAGAUGUUUUGGUUUGUCAUCCAUGACUGAAGGUUAAAGGGAUGCCAGCAAAGCGGGUCAAAGCUGCCCUUCCCCCUCCCUCCCUUUGAAAGGGGAAAUAACACCAUCGCUUUUUGCCAGCAAAGGAACAGCAAAGCUGGAAGGCAGCUGGAGCUGAAUUUUCCAGGUCUGCAGCCAGCAAUUUAAUGUAUUGAAGUGCUGCUAAAAAAGAAACAAAAAAGAAAGAGGAUGAGAUAAGAAAUUUAUACGAUAGGAAGCCCAUCGCACAGCAGCAAAGUUUACCUCUAGUGAACUUGUCUAGGAUUACUGCGUACAUCUUGAAGCAUUCAAGUUAAAACAUUAACACGUUCAUAAGGCUAGAUUCAGGGUUUAUUUUUCCCCCUCUCCCCCACCCCGUCUUUGCACCUCACCUCCAAAUCCAGCUACACCCACAAGUUGGGAAGAAGAAAAAAAACCAAACUGUUGAGGGGAAUGAAACGAUGUAAAACGAAUGUAAACUUUUAAUUAUAGGAAAAAUAACUUUC